UGAAAGGAAAGGAAAUGAGAUGAUGAGUAAAAAAAGAGCACGAGAGUUUCUCUCUCUGUCGGUAAGGGCGGCUGUCCAAAUCGCAAAUCCUCACUCACUUUUUUCAAUUAUUUCCAUUUGCCCCUCAACAUCCUUCAUCCUCAUCUUUCAUCUGUUUCAUUUUCAGUUCCUUUCAAAUAAACUAAUUUCUUUUUAAUUAAAAAAAGAAAAAGAACCCAUCAAUGAUCCAAUUCUGUCUGCAUUAUCAGUUGGCCACUGUCGGCUGGAGCUCUGAGAUGAAAGAAAGAAACGCACAAAGAUCACUCCCUAUGUUUUUGUUUUCUUCUCCAUUUCAGUCAUUUUGAGCUUUCUAUUUUGGCUCUCUGAGUUCAAAACUCACUCCACAGAGCUCAAAACCUGAGUACUUUAGUACUUACCAUGUUGGUUCAAGAUCGUCAAAACCCAAAACCCCAUCAAAUCCCACUCGCUAAUCCCUUCCCUGAAUCCAAACCCUUCGAUUUCUCCAACUGGGUCUCUCUCAAUCUCUUCAAACUCGCUACCCUUUUCUUCCUUACCCUCACAAUCGCUUCCUUCUUCUUCCUCCGAGGAGCUCCCGAUUCUGCUGCAUUUCUCUGCUUCAACUCUCGCCCUAAACCCUCUCAACUCACCCAUUUGCCCAUAAUCAACUUCGAUUCGAUUCAUCCCCUUGUCGAUAAAUCCUCAAGUUACGCUUCCUUUAGCUCUGAUCGGUGGAUUGUUGUUUCUGUUUCGAGUUAUCCUUCUGAUUCGCUUCGAAAGCUUGCGAAAACCAGAGGAUGGCAGGUACUAGCUGUGGGGAAUUCUAGAACUCCAUCGGAUUGGAGUCUUAAGGGAGUUAUAUACCUGUCUCUAGAGGAACAAUCUAGCUUAGGAUUUAGAGUUGUGGAUUUUCUUUCUUAUGAUUCUUAUGCUAGAAAGACUGUUGGUUAUCUUUUCGCUAUCCAACAUGGCGCGAAAAUGAUAUUCGAUGCAGAUGAUCGGGGUGAAGUGAUUGAUGGGGAUCUUGGGAAGCAUUUUGAUUUGAAAUUGUCCAAUGUAGACACACUGCAGGAGAGAAUCUUGGAGUUUGAUUUUGAGAACCCGAAUAAAACCGUCGUGAAUCCAUAUAUUCAUUUCGGACAGCGAUCGGUUUGGCCUAGAGGGCUGCCAUUGGAGAAUGUAGGAGAUGUUUUGUAUGAAGAACAUUACAGCCAAGUAUUUGGAGGAAUGCAGUUCAUUCAACAAGGCAUAUCCAAUGGUUUACCAGAUGUAGAUUCGGUGUUUUACUUCACUCGAAAGACAAGUUCCCAGGCAUUCGACAUAAGAUUCGACGACCACGCACCGAAAGUCGCCAUACCUCACGGGGUGAUGGUACCAUUAAACUCUUUCAAUACUUUGUUUCAUAAUUCAGCAUUAUGGGCUCUUAUGCUUCCUGUUUCUGUUAGUACAAUGGCUUGUGAUAUAUUGAGGGGUUAUUGGGCACAAAGACUUUUAUGGGAAUUAGGAGGUUUCGUAGCGGUUUAUCCACCGACAAUGUUUAGAUAUGAUGACAUUGAAGGAUAUCCAUUUUCAGAAGAGAAAGACUUGCAUGUGAAUGUAGGGAGAUUGGUGAAGUUCUUGAGUUCAUGGACAUCAAACAAAGCCACGUUCUUUGAGAAGGUAAUGGAAUUGAGUAAUUCAAUGGAAGAGGAAGGGUUUUGGAAGGAGAACGAUGUGAAACUGAUUGGAGCUUGGCUUCAAGAUUUGAUUUCUGUUGGGUAUAUUCAACCAAGAAUGAAGGGAUUUGAAAUGAAGAAACAGAGGAAAAGAAGGAUUGGUGAUGGAAGGAGUUUUGUUCCUAAAAAAUUGCCUGGUUUUCAUCUUGGGGUGGAAGAAUCUGAGACUGUGAACUUUGAGAUAGGGAAGUUGAUUAGAUGGAGGAAGAAAUUUGGUAAUGUGGUGAUGGUUUUGUUUGUUGAAAAUGGAGAUGUGGAGAGAACUGCCAUGAAAUGGAAAUUGCUUUAUGGAAGGAUUUUCAAAACUGUGGUGGUUGUGGCAGAACAUGGCAGGGAAGAUUUGGGAGUGGAGGAAGCUUCUUUGGAGUUUAUAUACAAGUACCUGCCCAUGGUAUUUGAAAGAUUUCCUAAUGCAGAAGGAUUCUUGUUCCUCCAAGAUAACACCAUUCUCAACUAUUGGAAUUUACUGCAAGCAGAUAAAGAUAAACUUUGGAUCACUUACAAGGUCCCUCAAUCUUGGACCAGAGUCAGUGAUGAUUCUGUCUUGUUUGCUAAACAAGCAGACUGGGUGAAGAAGGUAGUGAGCACAAUGCCUGUUCAUUUUCAAGUCAACUAUAAGGAAAGUAACCCAACCGAGCAAGGACUCACAAUUUGCAACAGUGAAGUGUUUUACGUACCUCGGAUGUUUGUGGGAGACUUCACGGAUCUUGUAGCUCUUGUUGGUAACUACAAGAUUGAUUACAGAGUAGCUGUGGCAAUGUUCUUCAUGGCAAUGGAUUCACCCCUAAAUUUCGACGACAUUUUCAGCAGAAUGGUUUAUAAGAAGAUACCGGCAGAGGAACUGUUGAGUAAUGUUACAAACUUGUAUGCUGCUGAAGUUCCUGCUGUUCAUCCAUGGCGGGUUUCCAAUGAAGUGGAAUUUGCUGAGCUUAUGAGGCUUAUGGCUGCAGGCGACCCGCUACUGAAAGAGCUGGUAUAAGAAUUGAAAAUACUCGAAAUCUGAAUGUAUAAAUGAUAGUGCAAUUUGCAGCCAUAUCAUUUCCUCAAGUUUUUCUUUUUUGGGUUAAAUUCUUUUUUCACAUUCAAAUUUUUGUAGAGGUAGUUCAAAGGAAAUACCCAAGUGUUGUAUAUUGUUUUCCUUUCAAUUUGCCGAACAUAGAUACUUACAUGAUGAAAGAUACUUGAGAGCUAUGAAGAUUCAAAAAUUAUAGAAA